CUCUUCAGUUUGUCGGGUUCGCUUGCGAGAAGACGUCACUCCGUAUAAAAUGCCGCUCGAAUUGGAACCGGUUAACCUUCAGCAGCUGCAGAGUCUCCAAACGCUUUAUAUCCAACAAUGGCCCAAAUAUUGUGCCGAGUUCUACUGUCUCGAUAAUUUUAUACGCUUUUUUAAGAACGAUCCACAAAUUCGAAAUAUUCGGGCCUACACGCUGUCCGCGCAGCAGGCCAAAGAUGCGGCGCUCUUUGUGAUUCUGGAUCGUUAUCAGCUGUUCGUGGGCUGUUUGGACAAUGCCGAAGAGCUGCUGCAGCAGGCGCUGGGUUUGCUCGACUGGUCGACGGGACUCAAAUGCAGCUCCAUACCAGCUCGACAUAUUGAGGCGCUCGAUUGCGUGGUCCGGGCGAAACAGCUGCGCUUGGAGUAUCGUGACAUAUGCAAUAUGUACUAUAUGCCACAAAACGAGGCGUCUGAACUUAAAGUUGACAUACCUGAUGGCUUCUGUGUGAAGAGCCUCAGUGAAGAGGAUGCAGAACUGGUUAACGAGGAGUGGCCCAAUCACCAUGUGGGUUCCUUGUACUUCGUGCAGCGACAAAUUCGCCUGUGCGUAAAUGUCGGAUUAUAUGCAACAGAUACUCAGGAACUGGUGGCCUGGUGCAUCAGGCUACAAGGCGGCUUUCUGGGCGCACUGCAGGUGAGGAGCACGCACAAGCGUCGCGGCUUUGGCAGCUUGGUGGCCAAGGAGAUGGCCAGACGCAUUGCCGCCUUGGGGCAGGAUGUGAUGGCACUUGUAAAUCCAGAGAAUCAAGCGUCCAACGGCAUGUUCGAUAAGCUAGGCUUUAAAGUAAUCGAUCAAUGUGUUUGGCUGAGAACUGAGCCUGUGGCAGGAGAGUUUACGUGGCCGGAUGGGCAGUAAAUGCCCCUGUCCAUGCCCGGGCCCUAGCUUUAUGUAUAAUACAUAAAUUACAUUCAUUAUAAAUAUAAUAUACGAUAUAAUAAAACACUACGACUAUUGUAUAUGAA